ACCCUAGUUUCUUUUAUUAUCCCUAUUUGACAGGUGAGGAAACUGAGGCGUAGAGAAGUAAAAUAACUUGCCCGAGGUCUCCUUCACCUUUGCGGACGCAGCUGAACUGACAACACACCGGUGAAGCUCUACUCGCAAAGGAGAGAUCGGGCUCCACUGUGGGAGUCUCGUCCUUAGCUUACAGUUUCCUCCACCACCUCCCGUCCUCACCAGACUUGGGGCUCGGGGCAGGAUUCCUAGGCUGAGGCCCUCCCGGUGCCAGGAGAGCACAGAGCUGGCUUUGUGGCAGCCCUUGAUCAGCCCGCACCAGGCUGCGGCCACUGGCCUGGGACGCAGGCCCUGGGCUCUGUUCCCUCCUUGGUUACUGACUGGCUGUGUGACUGGGGGUAGUUUGCUUCUCUUCUCUGAGUCUCGGGGGAAGAAUUUCUUCCACCCUCCCUACCUCCAGGGCCUAAGGAAGUGCUGUAGAAUGAAGGAACAUGGGCUUAGCUGGUAGGUCUGGGAUUGACUUAAACUCUACUCCUUUCCAGCUUGCUCAGAAGCAGUGUUCCCCUCUCUCAGCCUUGAUUUGUUCAUGAGUAAAAUGGGUAGAAUAACAAAUGCCUGGCAGGGUAGGUACAAGAAUUGCUAGGAUAAUACAUACGAAAGCUGCUAGCAUAGGGCCUGAUGCUCACUAAGUAUUCAGUGAAUGUUCACCAAAUGAACGACAUUUAGGAAGUGCCUGAUAAAAAAUAUUGGUUCAAUUCUCUACCCUUCCAAUCCCAAAUCUUGAAAAGGGUCAAGUGCAAACGCUCUCUGUAGCUAGAAGUAAAAUUAGCGUGUUUGCUAGGGCACUGGGGAUCAUUACUUAUCUUCUGGAAAGAAGACAUGAUAUGAUAUUAUAUGACCCUCAGAAGCCCACCCAUGUCCUCCCUCCCAGCCCUCAGGCUGGCUUCAUGGAUGAGUGAUUCCCCUUUUACCUGUGAGUUUACCUUUGUUGCUGUGUCUGCUGGGAACCUCAAGGCCAAACGCAGUUCUCUAUGGCAGCAUCUGGAUUCCUACCGUGAUCCUCUCCUCCCUUAUUUGGUUCUGUAACUCUGUUUGCGUUUUGGUGCACGUGCAUCCUGCCUGUGCUCCCUCAGAGCCUUUUUUGGGAAGAAGGGAGGGAAUAGGCCCAAACGGAAAAGCUUUGGAAUGUUGACAGAUGUUCCUGCCUUGCUAGUGGGGAAGCCACCAGGAGGCUGCCCUCGAUUGCCCUGGCUUCUCUGAGAGGCUGGGGCCACCUUUGCGGGGACAGGGCAUCCAGCAUGGGCAGCUCCCUCGUCGCUCUGUCAGAGUGCCCUGGCUCAGACAAUGAGGCCUUUCACGGGGCCUGGCCGGCAGCUCUGAGGUGGGGCCAAAGGCCUCUUCUCCCUGCCCCCUCCCAGGGCCUGCCUUCCAGCACCCCACACCCCUCCUGGGAGAGGCAGGGCAGGGAGGAGGGGAGCAGCAGGGACUUUGCAGUCUCGCACUCUGGAUUUUAAGCCCUGCUCCACAUUGCUGGCUUGUUGAAUUCUCACAGAACCUCUCCAACGAGCAAAUAAUCUUGCCCCUCAGAGGGUUGCUGUGAGGUUCUGUGAGCUCAUGAGUAGAAAGUACUAUGUAAACAGUCCAGUUUGAACGAUAUUUGCGUCUCUCCCAGCUAUAUUUCUGUAGGAAGCCAAGCUCGGCAGUAUAAUGCUAACAGUAAGCGCUCAAUAAAUGUUAGCCAUAGGGUAGGUGUGUGUUAGGACCUUUAUAUACUUGGUCUCAUUUAAUGUCCUCCCCAUAGUGAUCCUUGGAAGGAGGUAUUACAAUCCCAUUUUUACAGAUGAGGAAACCGAGGCCCAUAGAGGUCGAGCAGCUUGCCCAAGGUUACGCAAGUUAGUUGGGAACUGGACUCGAACCCACGCCAGGCCGACCCCCAACACCUGUGCACAGCCUGUGUCAUGUGGGUUGCUCCAGAGGUCACCGAAGCCUGCUCCUCCCCUGGAAGGGCAUGCAGGUCUCCUUUGCGCUAGACCUGUUGUUCCCGAUGGGGCCUGCAGGCACUGUGGUCUCAGCAGGCUAAUGGCUGUAGGCCACACCCCUCGCCAGGAGUCUUCCACGGUUUCUGGGGACUCCUUGGCCUGGCCUCCAAUCCCCAACCCUGGCCUCUCUCCUUCUGUGUCCACCUAUGCAGGUACACCCAGCAAGUUCCCACCUGCUGCCCUUUGGCCCGGCAUUCACAUCCCCCAAACCACGGCUGUCCCCUGCUUCUCCUUUCUGCUGUUCCUUACAGCCUCUGCACCUCAGACCUUCUUUGUCUUUCAAGCCUCAGCUUUAAGGCCGCCGCUGUCAUUAAUCUUUUCUUUUCUCUCUGGGCAUUUAUUUGGUACUCAGUACGUGCCGGGUGUGAGUCCCUGUCCUGUGGGAGUGUCUAUCUGAUGGGAGUGGGCUACGAGGACAGUGACUGCACAGCUUGGUCAGUGCUGAGAUGGAGAUGGCGAGGCUGCUGGGGCCCGGGGGGGGGGUUGUAACUGUCCCUGGGGAAGAGUGAAGGAGGAGGAGGAAGGGCUAACCUAGCCCACAGGGGCAGAUGAAGGGAUUCUAGCAGGAGCAGCACCUGCAUGGUGGAGGAACAGAGUGGGAAUGAGAGUGGUGCUCCCAGGAAAUGCGCAUGGUCUGGAGCUGAGAGAGCAGCCUCUGGGGCUAGUGGCUGGGCCUUGAUCCUGAGAACAGUGGGGAGCCAUCGAGGAGUCUUGAGCAGGGGAGGUCCCUGGUAAGGCUUGAUCAGGUCUCCCUGAAAGGCAAGACAUAGUAAGAGGUGGUUGCUGAGUUGGUAGAUUUGCUUAUUGGAAAGAUCUGUCUGGUGCUGUGUGGAGGCUGGACGGAGGUAGGGAGACUGGAAGCCUGUGAAAUAGCCCAGAGCCAGCAGUGCCAGGGCCUGAGCAAGUCAGGGCAGUGGGGGACUAAGAGUUUAAGGAGAUUGGAUCAUUGGGACUUGGAAACAUGGGGGAGGGAGGAAAUCAAGGUUAAGUCUGUUAAUGUGGGCCCUUUGUCAAGUUGCCUAGAAGGAACCCUGGCCCACGAGGGCUUACCUAGGGUCCCCUGGCUGGUGACCCUGGCCCAGCCUUUCCUUCCAUGCCUCAGUUCCCCCAGCUAUGAAGGGAUUGGGUGAGGGGGUCUCUCUUGCUCUGACCCAGCAGGUCUGGGACAUGACUCUGGCCCAGGAGGAGGGACGUAGAGCCCAUGGUGUAGCUAGCUGGGGCCUAGGCUAGGAUUAUCAAGUCUGGCCAGGUCUGCCAUGGCCUGGGGCCAGUGCCUGGCACAGUAGUCAUCUGAGAGGGCACGUCUCCGACCUCUGGGUGCCCUCCCACCCUUGAAGUGACUCAGCCCUUCCUGUUUUGGCUCUGCCUGCCUGGCUGCCCCGGGCCCUGACUCCAUCCAGGUCCUCUGUCCUCCCUGUGACCGGCCCUGGGAGGAGUGGUCCAGCUCUGGGGCCCCAUUGGCCAAACCUUGCCUGGGCCGCACACACCCCUGCCUCCCACGGUGGCUGCCUGCCCACCUGGGAUGAGGAGGCCCGGCCUGGCCUGCCCCUACGGUGGGCAGACUGCCUUGAAAUCCGAGGAAGGCGGUGGAGUCUGAGAGACCGGGGCUGAGGCUGCCUGGGCUUUAGCCCAGAGUCUCUGCACCUCUCUCUCUGAGGGGAAUGAGGGGACAGCUACAGUGAGGCUUGUCCCUCAGCUUGCUUUGAGGAAAGAGCUCAGCCCUGCUCAGAGGGGCACAGUGUUUGCUGUCUGACAGGGUGACAGGGUGACAGGGCUCUCGAGCUUCCUCACUGGAAGUUUCCGCCGGGCAUGCCAGUCCCCAGGGAAGGCUCAGGCCUGGCGAGCCUCUCUCCCACGUGGUGAGUGACGGAUGUGGCUCAGGAAGAGAGGGGCCUUGCACCUGAAGGACAGGGCUAGGAUUUGAACUCAAGUCUGUCUCUGGUUGUCCCUGCACAAUCUGUUGAUGAGGUCCUACUGUGUGCCAGGCCCUUCUGGGCCCAAUUUGUCUUUGCUCAGUGUUUGGCCCAGGGCCCAGUACACAGAAGGUGUUUGGUGAAUGCAUAAAUGAACAAAUGAACCAACAAAUGGACAAAAUGUCCUGUCCUGAUGUGGAUUCUAAUGGGGAGAUAGAGACUCGUUUCACAGACGGGAAAUAGGAGGCUCGUAGGAGGAGGGGUUGGCCAGCUGGAUCUCAGGCAUCGUGACCACUGGUCCAGGGCUUUGUCCAUCCUCAGUUUCCUCAUCUGUAAGAUGGGCUGACAGUCCUCGCCCUCUGCCUUCCUGGUGAGGACCCAGCAGUGGCCGUGAGCAGGCCGGUGGGGCAGAGGCACCGUGUGGGGGGCUUCCCCGUGUGCAUGCCCAGACCACCCAGAAACCACAGACAGUCUGCUCCCUUUGUUCCGCCCGCUUGUCCUCUGCAUCUUGCCUCCCCUGUUUCCUCAGCACUCCCCAGGGCUUCUUUCUGGAAUGUUCUUCCCAGUAUCCCUGGCUGUGGGAGGGGGUGGGAAGAGUGUGGGUGAGUGGAAUGUGCCCGCCUCUUCCCUCUACCUGCUCCCACACGCAGAAAGCCAGCCGCCCGCAUCCACAUCCGUGCAGGCCCUCGGCGCACCAGGCGGGCAGUGCGGGGAGUGCCUCGGCGCUGGUUACCAUGGCGACGGGGCUUGCUGCUUGGACCGCGGUGGCCUUCACGCUGCCUGUGAGAACCUGCCUGCGAGCUGGGCAGCCUGGCACCCGCGGCCUGCACCCGGGCUGAGAGCUCCUGGGGCGGCUGCCCUCCUCUCCCUCCUUGGUGCCCAGCUCUGUGCCUGGCACGCAGGGGCUCUCGGGAAUGAACGGCAUCUCUGGGAACCCACAAGCUGUUCUGGCUCAGACAGGCCUGGUUCAAAUCCCGGUUCUACCACGCAGGGGGCCAGUGACCUUGAACAAGUCACCUCGGUGUGUUUAGAAUUUAUUGAAUUAGCUAUGGGAGCCUCGUGGGGGGAAUUAUCUGAGGAGCAUAGACCCCAGCACAAGAGCUGUCACCGUCCCCAUCCUGCUGCUCUGGCGGGCUUGCCGCGGCACCCGGGCCUGGGGCCCUGCACCCCUCAUCUCAGCCCAGGAGGCCCUGCAGGCGGUGGGGUGCGGGGGCAGGAGCUCAGACGCUGCAGCCAGGCCUCUGGGGUCACAGCUGGGCUCUGCCACUUACUCAGGCCUCAGUGUCCUCAUCUGUAAGAUGGGGAUAGUAAUGGACCUGUCUCAUAGGCUGGUUGUGAGGAUAAAAUCGAAUCAGUACAUAUAAAGUGUCUAGAAGGUAUGUGACACUUAAGUGCUAUAUAAACGUUAGUGGAGACAGUUGUCACCACCACACAACUGGCAUUGGCCUUCAGAGUUGGAACCCACGUGCCUGGCCCUCCUUUUUCUCACACUCACAUGUGUGCCCAUCUCUAAAGUUCACAGUCUGAUAGGGAAGGCAGCCCGAGAGCCGGGACGGCAGCUUGCCUCCCGCUUCCCUCAGCCCUGCUUCCAAGGGACUGACACGCACACCCCACCUCCUCUGCCUGGAGAGCAAGACAGGCUGGGCUCCUGGCAGGAGCCCCAGCUUGAAUUCCUGGUCCUCCAGCUGGAAGCUGCCGCACCCUGCGCUGGAUCAGACGGCUGGUCAGUGGCUGCCCGGAGCCCUCCAGGUCAAUAGACCCAAGUGCUAGAGACACUAGCACCCAACGAUGGCUCUCCUGAUGUCACCUGAAACAUGAAGGAGCCCAACAAAGAGGUCCUUGAGGAUGACAUCGGAGCUGCUUCUUGAAAUGCUUUCUUAGGGACAAUUUCCUGGGCUUGGCUGCUGUGGGGCUCUCUGGGCCCCCUGCAUAGACGGGGGAUCUUUCCAGAAUGAAGGUAAAUCUAAGGCAGCACUUUAAAAAGUGGGCCACGAGCUGAAGCGAGGAGGACUGACUUCUCUGCGUGUUCCUCUCUCCCCUGCCCCUGCCUCGGGUCCAAGGUCGUGUUAAUACGCGGUCGUCAGCCAAAAGGAAACGGGGCAGAAGUGGCAUCCAAAGAGCCCCUGGGGUCUCAGACUGGGGGCUGGAGGGCUUUGCCUCUGUGUUCUCGAGCCGCGUGUCCCGGAAGUCAGCCUCCCGUGCAGGGCACGACGGCGCCAUGGCGGACGGUGAGGGGUACCGGAACCCCACGGAAGUGCAGAUGAGCCAGCUGGUGCUGCCCUGCCACACCAACCAGCGGGGCGAGCUGAGCGUCGGGCAGCUGCUGAAGUGGAUCGACACCACGGCCUGCCUGUCCGCGGAGAGGCACGCUGGCUGCCCCUGCGUCACCGCCUCCAUGGACGACAUCUAUUUUGAGCACACCAUUAGUGUUGGACAAGUGGUGAAUAUCAAGGCCAAGGUGAACCGGGCCUUCAACUCCAGCAUGGAGGUGGGCAUCCAGGUGGCCUCCGAGGACCUGUGCUCUGAGAAGCAGUGGAGUGUGUGCAAGGCCUUGGCCACCUUUGUGGCCCACCGGGACAUCUCCAAGGUGAAGCUGAAGCAGAUCACACCGCGGACAGAGGAGGAGAAGACCGAGCACAGUGUGGCAGCUGAGCGCCGGCGCAUGCGCCUGGUCUAUGAGGACACCAUCAAGGACCUGCUGGCCAACUGUGCCAUUCAGGACGAUCUGGAGAGCAGAGACUGCAGCAACAUGGUGCCCGCAGAGAAGACCCGUGUGGAGAGCGUUGAGCUGGUCCUGCCCCCCCACGCUAAUCACCAGGGCAACACGUUUGGGGGCCAGAUCAUGGCCUGGAUGGAGAACGUGGCCACCAUUGCAGCCAGCCGGCUCUGCCGUGCCCACCCCACGCUGAAGGCCAUCGAGAUGUUCCACUUCCGAGGCCCAUCCCAGGUCGGGGACCGUCUGGUGCUCAAGGCUAUUGUGAACAACGCCUUCAAGCAUAGCAUGGAGGUGGGCGUGUGUGUGGAUGCCUAUCGCCAGGAGGCCGACACCCACCGGCGGCACAUCAACAGCGCCUUCAUGACCUUCGUGGUCCUGGACGCAGAUGACCAGCCCCAGCUGCUACCCUGGAUUCGGCCCCAGCCUGGGGACGGUGAGCGGCGGUACCGAGAGGCCAGUGCCAGGAAGAAGAUCCGCCUGGACAGGAAAUACAUCGUGUCCUGUAAGCAGACGGAGGUGCCCCUCUCUGUCCCCUGGGACCCUAGCAACCAGGUGUACCUGAGCUACAACAACGUCUCCUCCCUGAAGAUGCUCGUGGCCAAGGACAACUGGGUGCUGUCCUCAGAGACCAAUCAGGUCCGCCUGUACACGCUGGAGGAUGACAAGUUCCUCUCCUUCCACAUGGAGAUGGUGGUGCAUGUGGAUGCGGCCCAGGCCUUCCAGCUGCUCUCUGACCUGUCUCGGAGGCCGGGGUGGGACAAGCACUACCGGAGCGCGGAGCUGUUGCAGCAGGUGGACGAGGACGACGCCAUCUACCAUGUCAUCAGCCCCCCCCUUGGUGGCGAAACCAAGCCCCAGGACUUCGUGAUCCUGGCCUCACGGCGGAAACCUUGUGACAACGGGGACCCUUAUGUCAUUGCUCUGAGGUCGGUCACGCUGCCCACACACCGAGAGACACCAGAGUACAGACGUGGGGAGACGCUCUGCUCGGGCUUCUGCCUCUGGCGCGAGGGAGACCAGCUGACCAAGGUGUCCUACUACAACCAGGCCACCUCAGGCUUUCUCAACUACGUGACCACCAACGUGGCUGGCCUCUCCUCCGAGUUCUGCACCACCUUCAAGGCGUGCGAGCAGUUCCUCCUGGACAACCGGAACGAUCUGGCCCCCAGCCUCCAGACCCUCUAGGUGCCCUCAGCGGCCACAGCACCGCCCCCCCCACUCCACGCUGUCCCCAGGGACUCACAUGCAGCUUGUGGAGGAAGGCAGGGGCAUUUAUUCUUCCCUGCCUGCCCCGUGGGAAGCCUUCACCCAGAGGCCCACGGGCCCCCCAGCACUGGGUGCUCAGUUCCCGCCGGCAUCUGCCAGCAAGUCCUCGCGGUAGCCCUGGGGCAGCCUGUAGUAGACGCGGGUCCUGUCCACGGCCCUGGCUGCCAGCAGUGCUGCCUUCACAGAGGCGUAGUUGCCCUGGGCAGGGCUGUGCUCCACUGUGACCGUGGCCCGGGGUGAGGCUGCCAGCAGCCUGGCCACUGCUCCAGCUGUGCUCUGGCCCAGCCACCUGGCCUGCAGCUGGAAGGACACAGGUUGCCAGAGCCCCCGGCACAGCUCCAGCAUAUCUGUAAGCAGCUGUUCCCUGUAGCCACUGCCCAGCGCCUCUGCAGGCCAGCCUGGUGCCACGGUCACAUGGGGGAAGAUCUCCGCCACAGCUGUAAGCAACUCUCUGCCGGCCACGUGGCCAGGGACCACAAAACUCCCAUGGGAGAUGGUGGCCCCGACCCACAUGGGCCGAGGCAGGAAGCCAAGGGCAGAGAGGCGUGCCAGCAAGGCCAGCGACGGCCGGAGGGCUGCAGGCUCUGCUACCUGCAGGUGGACGCCCCAGCGUCCGGGGUGCGUGGCCAGCUGCAGCAGGCAUGACUCCAGUGUCAGGACAGGGCCACCUGGGGCAUGGACGAUGGGCACGGGGUCCUUGGCUGCCGUUCCCUGGAGGCCAGUGUUUAGCAGGAUCAUGCCUUCCCUGUCUGGAAGAGGCACGGAGGCAACAGUGUCCAGGGUUUGGGUGUCAAAGUCCUUUGUUAAAGGGGCAGUGGGGGGCUCUGGGGACAGCCAAGGACAGGGGGCUGGUGCCUCGCCUCUCUGGAAUCUGUCCCCCUGGUUCUAGGCUCCAGGUGGAAGGUGGCUUUAUAAAUGUGCCUGGUGCAUGAGAAACUUCUAGUCCGAAUCUUGGCCUUCACCUGUGCCUCUGCCCUGGGGCCUGUGCCCUCCUUGUCUGCAGCAAGACGUGGCUGAGGACCGACAGGUACAGGCCUGAAGGCCAAGAGCCCUCUGGACACCACCGUUCCCUCCCUCUCCUGGGCCCACCUUGUAUCCAGGGUGGUGCGAAUAGACCCACGUUGCCAUGGUAGCAGAGACCCAGGUAUCUACCCCAAGCAAAGGACACCCCUGCAGUGCGGCUGGGAGCACAGGGCUGAAGCAGGCCUUACCUGGGAGGGUCACUGCUGCUGUUCUUCCGCUGCCCUGGACCUCAGGAACCAGCCACUCCACGUCCAGACCGUCACCCCCAGGCAGCUGGAGAAGAGGGAUCAGGCUGCCCCCCGUGUAGUACGUGCGCUUCCGUGUAGUAUUCGCUGUGGGGACCCAAAUUGCCAAGAUGAGGUGGCUGCCAUCCGUGGAGCUCCCGCUGCAGGCCACAGCUCUACAGGUUCUCUCUAAGCCUCGCCACACCCUUUUGUAGAUAAGUGACUUGUCCGGGGUCCUACAACCGGUGAGCAGAGUUGCCUGGGAGGCCACGUGUCUGGCUGCAGAGCCGGUGUCCCUCCGCCUCGCCCAGUCAUGUGGAGUCUGAUGGAGCCUCUUUGAGGCAGCUUAACUGCAGGCUGUCCUAGGUUCAGGGUCAAGGGGAUGAGGGGUUGGACAGUAGCCUCUGGACCACUGACUGGCCGGUCCAUGGAGGGGCUGCUCUGAAACGUUCCAGUGGCCCACAGGGAAGUAUAUGGGGCUGGGAGUUCGCUGGUUCCAUUGUGAGCUGUACCACGUACAAGCUGAAUAUAUAAAUUCCUUAACGCUGUGAGCCUCAGUUUCCCUGUGUGUAAAAUGGACUCGCUGCCUCAUGGGCAUGUGAAGCUUAGAGAGCAUAGCAUACCGGGGCCUGGCACACAGUAAGGACUCAGAAUGCUUCCUUGCUCCCAUGCCACCCUGGAUUUUCCCCUUCGAUGUCCCUUCCCCCCAGCCCUGUCCUAGUGCCCACCCAGUGCUGCCCUGUGCAGACUCCAGCCCAUGCCACCCUCCCCAGCUUCCCUCCCUACAGGCCAGCUGCUUGAACCGCGACAGCACAGGCUCGAAGAGGUCAUAGUAGACUUGGUGGGCGGCGCUGUUGUCUCGGACGUAGAGCAGAUCGUCCACUGACAUGGGGUCCGGGGCGCCCUGCCACAGUGUCAGGCUGUAUCUGGGGCCCAGAGAGCAGGCUCAGUGCCCGUCUGGGCCCGGCAAGACCCUCUGCCCCACUCCUGUGCUCACAGUGGGACACCACUUGGGCCCAGGGGCAGAGCAUCUUUCCUCCAGCCUCCGUCCAGCUGCCCCACCCUGAGCACUACCCCUGCCCGGGGACAGAGGAAGCCAGAGGGAAUCCAGGAAGGAUGACUAACACAGAGGCCUGGGAGGAGGGAGGGGUGGCCCGGCCUGCCUCCUCACUCGGAGGGUUUAUUUCUGGGUCCUGUCUUAGGAAAGGGACAAGGGUAGAAGGGGGAGGGCAUGAGGGGAUCAGGCAUGAAGUGGGGAAGGGAGUGCCUUGGGACUCCCGUGAGGAGCAGCUGAGGAAGGCAGGGCUGGGCAGCUGGGAGCUGACUGCAGAGCAGGGGGGUCUCUCGAUCCCUGUAGGGCUAUCCUGGGGCAGGGGUUGCAGGCACAAUCUGUGCAGCCCCGGGGCACAGCUGGCUCCCGUGGGAGGAAGCUGUGGGGAGACAAAUUGUCUCAGUAUACUUUCCAAGAGGCAGAGGGUUACCCACCAAUAGCAGGGCUCUCUGAGGAGGUAGUGAGCACCCUGUCAUCAGAGGUAUACAAGCAGAAAGCAGAGACAUUGUAGAGGGUGGGAGCACCAGUGGGGGUUGGACCAGGUGAUCUUUAAGACCCUUCCAGCCAUGAGCAUUUGGGGGCAACAGUGCUACUCCAGGGUGGCAGUGGGUUUGGAGCAAGCAGGGCCUGUGGCAGGAGCCUGGGGGUCUUUACCUCUCAGACUGGCCCAGCAGCCAGCUGAAGUGGGGCCAGGCAGCCCGCGCCAUGACAGCCCGUACGGGGAAGGUGACCCUCUGCGGCAGUGUCCCCACCAGCUCCUGCAUCUUCUCCACCAUGUCUCGGGUGUACGUCCUGUUUGAGAACAGGGGCACGUAGAGGGUGGUCCAGCCUGGAGACAGGGUGGCCUCAGGAUACUUCUCCUGGACCAGGGCCAGGAACCUGUGGGGAAUCAGAGAGGCUGGUCUCACAGAGCUGCAAGGACCCCUUCUCCCGGUUCUCAUCGCAGAGCUAGGAAGUGGCAGGGCCUGUUGAAUCUGUGACAAGGAGGUCAGAGCAGAGUCCUAAAGACAGAGUGGCUUGUUCAAGAUCCCACAAAUAGGGCAUGGACUUUGGAGUCAGGGAGGUCCAGGUUCAGCCCCUGACUCUGACCUUGGGCAGACCUCUUUGAUUCGCAAAGACAGCACCCCUUCCAGCGGGGCAGGCCUUACACUUCCAUACGGACAAAGGGACUGAAUCAGAGCCCUGGCCUGGGGUGGGGUGAGGGUGGGGGUGGAAAUCAGCCUCUGCCAGCUAUGAGAGUCUCUGAAAUUUCAGAUUUUCUUUUUAAAUUUUAUUUGAGUUUUGUCCUGAUACAAAUUUUAACAGGCAAAUUAUGUUCCCCUCGCCUAAAAAAGAAGUAUUGAGUACGAUCAGCACUCCAAGAAGACAAGCCAUAUUUACCCUGGGCCAUUGACUACGUUUUCCAAACUGCUGCUUUGCAAAUGCACUCCAGCUUGAGAAGCACAGUACAUUUUGGGCGGACGGGUUGUUGGCUGGCUGUACUAGCAGAUGGAUGGAGGGGGAAAGAGAGAGGAAAGAGCCUGGCACGUAGACUCAGACAGCCUGGGUUUGAAUCUUUGUUUUGCCACUUACUAGAGUCAGGUAGGUCGUGUAACUUCUACAAGGUAGUUCCUGUAUUAAUAAAAUGAAAAUAAUAGUACCUACCUCAUUCUCAUUGUAAGAGUUAAAUGCUGUUCUGCAAGUAAUGUGCUUAAAGCAGUACCUGGGACACAUAAUAAACAUUCAACAAAUGGAGCUUCAA